CUUAAAGUUAGUGUUGAGAAUCGUAAUUUUAAAAAAUUGUUAAGAAUAUUUUAUUUAUUUAUUUUAAAACUUGCAUGUGCGUAGCAUUAAUUUCCAAUUAUACAUAAUUCAUAUGAAUAUAGUGAUAUUUAUAUUUAUACUGAAUGGAAAUAAAAAUCGAUGAGAAUAUUUUUGAGAAAGUGCUUCGAAAGAAAUUACCGAACGAGAUCGUUCAAAUUCUGGAAAUUAAACGUCACUGUAUGUCAGAGAAAGGAUUAAAUUUCCUCAGUGAUUUAUAUAUAAUGCAUGUGAGAUAUACGAUUAUUUCUAACAAUAAGAAAAAUGAAACAAAAUCGGAACGUUCGAUCAAUUUUAUUAUUAAAUCCGAACCUCUGAACGGAUUGUCGUGCGAGAUCGCUCGCCAACAAAAUGUAUUCCAGAUCGAAUUGAAAGUUUUACAAGAUAUUCUGCCGAGAAUAAAGGAAUUUAUCUCUCAUCAAAUUGGACCGAAUUUAUUAUACUCUUCUGAUAAUCCUCCACUUCUCAUUAUGGAGAAUUUAAAAGACAGAGGAUUUAUCAUGAAAAAUCGUCAAAAAGGAUUAUCACGUGAACAUUGUUCUUUACUUAUAAAACAAAUUGCGAGAUUACACGCUGGAUCUGUUGCAAUUUUUGAAAAGGAUCCAGAAUUAAUUAAAUUUUUCGAAGAUGGUGGCAUCGUGUCGGUUAAAUGUCCUCAAAUUUUUAUACGAAUGAUGGAAGUAAGUCUUUUACGGAUAGGUAAUCAAAUACAAAAAUGGUCAGAUGAAAAGUGUGCAUCUACAGCGAGCAAGUUAAUAAAAUUAGCAGAAACUAUCGGAUCACGAUGUACGGAUGUCUAUAAUUAUGAUGAGAAUGAAUUCUGUGUAUUAAAUCACGGUGAUUGUUGGAUCAAUAAUAUGAUGUUUAAAGAAAAUGAGAAAGGUCAACCUAUCGAUGUUUUAUUGGUUGAUUAUCAAAUGUCUGUUUAUACAUCUCCAGCUAUCGAUUUAUUAUACUUUUUGAAUAUUUGUCCAGAAAUUGAUAUAAAAUACGAUAACGACGAUUAUUUCCUCGGGAUAUAUUUGGACACUUUAGAGGAAACUAUGAAAAAUAUCGAUUGCAAAAGAAAAUCACCGACGAUGAGAGAAUUAAAAGCAGCGUUGUAUAAAAGAAAAAUAUACGCUGUUUUUGCUGGAAUCGUGCUUAAUUUACGAAUGCUGGCAAAUAAAGAAGAUACCGAGGAUUUUGACGAUUUAUUUGGCAAGUUAGGUGAAACUAAAAUGAAUGUUUUCAAAAGUCCAGACGCGGUGAAAUUAGCUCAAAAAAUGAUUCCAAUCAUGAACGAAAGAGGUUACUUCGAUUGAAAAAACGUAUUUGAAAUAAUAUUAAGACAAAAGAAAAUUUCUAAAAUUUUAAUUCUCUAUAAAUAAAAUUUUUUUAAAUAAUAAAAUUUUAACUGAUACAAACAUGACAAUGUUUGAGAUAAAUAUGAAAUUUAGAGAUCAAUAAAUAUUAUUUUUAUUUAUAAUAAUUUUUAAUACUUAUUUAUUUUAAUUUGAUUACAUUAUCAUAUUUUACAAAAACAUUUCCUUAUUUAAUUUAACGUCACUAGUCAUUCCGCCGAAUAACACCUUAAUCUUUUAAUUCUUUUUAUCUCAUCUAUGAUCGCAAAUUAUUUAAACGUUACAAAAGAAGCAAAAAAAAAAAAAAAAAAAUUUAGAAAAACAAAAAAUUGAAAAUUAUAAUAGAAAAUCAUAUUAUAAAAUCUUAUUAAUAUUUUUCAUUUGAAAAUUUGCUAUUAAAUCUCGUAUUCCCUCAAUGACUUUUUAUGUAAUUUUAAUUUCACAGGUUUUCAUUUACUUGAUCAACAAUUAAGAGGAUUUUCGAUUGCAGUGAAUUGAAGAUUUCUCUCCCAGCGAGGAAAAAGUAGCUCGCUUCGACACAGUUUGAUGAACUUUCGAAAAGAUCCUUGGAGGGCGAACGCUGCGACCUUGGCGGUCAGCCUGUAGGAAUUGAUUUAUAAUAGGGCAGUAAAGCAGUAGGCUAAAAGGUCUCUGAAAGCAUCGUCUCGGUAACCUACAUCGUGAACAGAGAAAUUGUUGUGGCAAGCCUCGAUGGGGUGGCUUUUGCCUCGAGGUGAAUCUUCGCUACCGGGACGACGAAGAGAAACGCGUUGGAACAGAAGUCAUCUCCAUGAGAAGAGAGAGAGAGAGAGAGAAAGAGAGAGAAAAAGAGAGAGAGUGUGUGUCUUUAGCCGGUACCGAGGUAUUUGCACAAGUUUCUCCCUUCCUCGUGCAACUUCUUGUUUGCGCUGACCUGGAAGUUGCACGUAGUCGACUGGGAGUCGAGGGAUUCGUAAAUCAUAGUAGAAAGGCGAAUUGGAAAAAUUCGGUAGCCGAUUCUUGGUUCUCCGCACGAGCUUCGAGAAAGUUAGGGAGAGGAAGAAGAGGCGCGUCGGGGGAGAAAAUAAAAGGAUAAUGGAAAAACUAGACGUCCGUGAAGUAUUUGGGUUAUUCGGUCGUCAGUGGCAGAAAAUUCCGGUAGCGGGCCGCGAUUAGUUCCGAAUCGGGUAGAAAAUGACGUUAAAGUAGAAAUUUUGUAUCUUCGUUUCGGUAUUAUCGAUCGUUUUCAAUGCUUGGAAUAAAAUCUUUUGCCUCGUAACAAACAUUUGUAUAAAUAUUUAACAAUAGUGUGUGAAUCUUGUUAAUUUUUAUAUUAAGAAACUUUUUUUCUCGAUAUAAAAUGUUAGGUGAAGAGAGGAUGAAAGAAAUUCGGUCGGAAUUCUCAUAGGGGUUACUAAUCCUUCGAUUUUUCAGGUGUUCCAUUUUACUAUGUGUCGGACGACUUAUUUGUCAACGUCCUUUACCUGAAUAAAGUCUGUUUCUUAUUUGUCUCCUAGAAGAAAAUGGUCAACCCUGGGAAUACUUUACGGAAUUCGUCAGAAGAAUGAAUCGUGCAACGAGAUAAAUGUACCUUUCCACCGAUACACGAAAGGUUUAAUACUAUUAAAAGAGAAAGAAAAAAAACAUGGGAAGAAGCGGAAAAAAUUCUUUUGAUAGAAUUGAAUAACGCGGUUGAAGAAGGAAGAAAAUUGAUCCCUCGACACCUAAUCGUCUAAUCCUUCUAUUAUUAUUACGAGACGAGAAUUUCUUCAUUUUUGCACCUUUUAAAAAAAAUUUUGAAAUCUUAGAAAAUAUUUAUAAAAAUAUUUCAAUUAUAUAUUAUAUAAUAACUAUUUAAAAAUAUUCAAUAUUUAAUAUUUAAUAUUAUCGAAUAAAUUUAUUCGAUAAAUACGAAUUGCAUUACAUGAACGGCGGAUAAAAAAGAGAAACCACUCGUCGAUAUUACCCCUGGAUCUCGAGGCGUAUACGGGCGUAUUUACGCUGUCGGAACAUGCAAUUUUGGCGUACGACGUGUAAAUACAGACGUGUCAUUGGACAACAAUAUACCCGUGGGAUUCAAAGCCUGAUCUCUCGGUGUCAACGACCACGGUAUUCUGAAUUUUUCGAUGGUAUUCCGUGACGACGACGAGUAAAUUAUCGCUAAAUAGUGUACCGGCGGAUGUCAAGAUGCGGGCCUCGUUCGGGUGGUCGUGGGAUCUUUCAUCGACGACCCUUUCGAAAUACUAGAAUAUGGAACAGAAUCUUUCUUAAUCAUCGAACAAAACAAACAGUAGAAAUUUUUGGGAGAAUUACGUACGAUAAUGGCCAAUAAUGGAAUAUUGAAAAUCUUCAUCAAGCAGAGCAGUUUGUGCUUGAUUAAAAUUUAUGGAGGUUAUUGUAAAUAAUAAGAAUCAACCCUGGACCGCUGAUAUUAUCUAGGUAAAAUUGGAUAUUCAAUGUUAUAUUGCCGUGAUUCUAUGAUGUUUUGAAAAUCUGUGGCUACAGUAGCAUUGAACGUUGACCGAGUAUUCGCACCGAAUAUUUCUCUGGUCUGUCAGUUUGUAAGGAGAGGUUUAUUUGCAGCACACAAGGACCACGGACGACAGCGGCGGCUCGAGGGCGAUGGGGGUGGAGGAAAAAAGGCCGGUAACGAGGCGCGACAACCGUAGAAACAGCUGUUUCACAAAAGCUCCGAUUGAGAAACUCUCCGUUCUGCUCCGCUCAGAUCCUCUGUGAACGAAUAAUUCUCCUAUUAUCGUUUCGACUACUUUUUGGAAGAAUUAUUCCAGAAGAAUUGUGUGCUGCAUGUUAAUGUCACACGUGAGCGUGAUGAUCAUCGUUAUUUUGGGAAAUUGCUUAAAAAACUAUUUUUUUUUUUUUUAAUAAAUUUUACGCGAUAAUGUAAAAAAUUCAAUACGAAAACAUUCGAAUCGCCAACUACUUCUCGAUAUUGACUACAUUUCACUGAACAAUGAGACAAAUGGUUCGAUGAAACAGAGUCGAGAUCCGUAGGAGAGAAGAGAAAAUCGAAGGGAAGGAGACGUAGAUGAGAAAGAUGGGGUGCUGGAAAGUGUGUAUGUUUAACGCACGUGCGACUGUUAUGCGUGUAUCGGGUGCAAACGGGGCACGAAACCCCAACAACAAGGAUGCAAAUUUUAAUUCAUAUAUGCACUUGUAUAUGGACUUCGACAUUUCAAUUAUAUCAAUACGUGCAUAUAAUUCAAAAAAAAAAAAAAAAAGAAAAGAAAAGAGGAAAGAACGUUCAAUCUCUUGGAAAAGUCGCAAAACGAAGAGAAAAAGAUCGCCAAUAAAAAUUGCGAGAAAGAAGGAAAAGGAGGAGCGAACGAAGAGGAGAAAGAAAGAAAGAAGGAAAGAAGGAAGGUGUUCCUUGCAGAUGGUUUCUAUGGUGUUGUUUUCGUCGAGGAGAGGACAGGGCAGAGAGUUUCACCGCGAUUGCUGUAACAGCAUCGCCGUGAUGAGAGACGCGCGUAUCGGUAAUGUAACCAAUCACCGAGGUGAAUCCUGUCUGGCUAUAAAGCUCCGGUACCGGGUCGGUGUUGGGUCGUGUACCCUCGCCGUUAGUUCAGCUACACCCGGGUACGAGUUGGUUUAGCUUCGGCUCCCCGUAACGAGGAGUUUAAUGACAUCGUCGGCGUCCACGUUGGACGCGUGAAUGUCAGGAGAAGUUUCUCCCUUUAUUUUGAUGUAUCUACGUCUACCGAUGUACAAAAUUUCUCUUCUCUACGCUGAUUAUUAUUUUUCUUCAUUAUUAGAGAGGAUUUUCUUUUAUCUUUUUUUACUUUCCUUUAUUAUUAACAAUUUCACUUUAAUGCUUCGCUAUACACAAGAAAAGAAUUUCUUUUCUUUCUUCUUCUUUAUCGCGGAUUAGAUGGAUAAUUCUUCUCAAUAAUAUGUUUUUACUUUUUCUAAAUGUCUAAGUAAAAGCAUUCGUUUUCACAAGUUCUAAGCUUCGAAAAAGAUACAUUUUAUGAGGAGUGUGAUUCACGACGAAACUUUCAUUGUCGCAAAUCGGCUAGAAAUGCUUCGACGGUAUUAAUUUGAAAAAAAAAAAAAAAAAAAAAAAAAGAGACACGUGCCCGGCGUAGAAACGUUUCGGUCCCCCGUGGUUAAAACAGUAAAAAGAUGGACGAGAGACACGCGGCUCUUACAUCGGUUAAAAUAGGUAGACAAACCGAGUACCACGGUUGGAGGAUACGAGCUAAUGGUGCGUGCUUGUCGAAGUCGUUAGUGUCCAACACACGGUACCCCUUAUUUUUGUAUUAAAAACACUCCCACCCGGCUUACUUUCCUUUAUCACGGCCCGACGAACGAACGAUAAUCCUGUUAAUUGCUGUGGAAAAAGCAGUAACGAUCGAGAAAUUACGAUAAUUUUAACGUUAAUGUAAGAGUUAUAUAAGUAUACAAGUAUAUAAGUAUUAUUGACAUUCGAAUAAAGGACCGCUGAUAAAAAAUUUAGUUGGUCUUACAAACUUCUUAACUAAGCUUGUCUUAGAGCCAAAUAUUCAUUUUCUUAGGUUACUUUUACGAUCGUCCGCUUGACCACUUUUUAAUAACCGGAACACUUUAAUGGGAAUUUUAAAACCUAUUUCGAACGACUUUUUAAUUUAAAAUAAGCGUGAAACGAGUAUUUAUAUUUCUCUUCUAUAACCUCUCUGAAGAAUCUCUGGUCUAUUUUAAAUUAUUUUUAUGGAAUGGAGUUUAAAUUUUUACAAAA